AUGCAUAAAUGCUACGCUGCAUAUGUGACGCUGCAGUACGCAGCAGUGCCGUUCUGGGACCGCAUCUGCAGCCACGAAGGCGGCGGCUCGGGUCCAAGCUACCUCAACGGCUGGAUCAGCGUCUUUUGCGUCUUCAACGACAAAGGCCAAUGGCAAGGCGACAAGAUGACCGACACAGUGCUGCUGCGAAAGCCCGAGGCCAAUCCGGAUGAUUGGUUUGAUGCUGUUGAGACCGAAGUUACGUACGACUACCCACUCAUCGACAUGCAAGACAUUCCACCCAGGUACCUCACCGUCGACGUGACGAUCGACGACAACGGGACCGAGUACAAGGCGCUCAUGUUUGCGGGGCACAUGGCCUACAGCAUUGGUGACAACAAGGCGUCGAUCGCGCCAUCGCUGAGCUGGGCGAUCGCGCUCAAGAACGGCGAGCCGGCACCGCCAGACGAGAUGGAACUCUUCUUUGCACGACGCUCUUCUGAACGCGCGAAGAGCAGUGCGAGCACGCCAGUCGGUUGGUUCUGUACAGUGUGGUCGACGCUGGUGCAGCGUUGGUCGACCAGCUUUGGCUGACUGUACACUGAGCAUCGAAAGCCUCUACUUGCCUCAAUUUCGGCCUCGCCAUAUCCGGAUCAUUUGGCUGUUGUGUCGAGCUUUGGCCACCGACAGAGGCGGACCGUGUGAAGCCGUGGGUUGAAGUUGCUGCAAGCUAUGGUCGGGCUAAAGUUGCGUGCGUUUAGUCCCUCGAUGCUUGUUGCAAUGCAGUUUGAGAG